AUGCAGCCAUGGCUUCUUCAGCUGCCCGCUGCCCGCCGGCGCACUCUCGCGCUCGGCGCAGCGUUGCUGGUGGGCGGGGGGGGCGCAGCAGCGGUCGCUUAUUACAGAUCCGUCGCCGUCGCGGCAGCCGUUCGGCGCAGGGAAGCAAGAGCGGCGCUGGCGCACACUGGCGCGUCAGGGGAACAGGUGGAGGGGGAAGCGGCGGCGCUGAUUGAGGGGGCGGGGGACGAGGAUGGCAGGCGCAAGAAGGCUUCGCGGAAGGGCAAGGGGGGGGAGGGCGGCGGAGCGGAGAAAGGGCGUCGGCGGAAGAAGGGGGGAGGGAUGGCCUCGGUUGGCGCUAUAUGCAGCUUUCUGGCUGCGAGGAUGGGCGAGAAGGGGUGGCAGCGGCUUGCUGCCUUAGCUGCCAUAGCAGUGGUGCGCACGGUGCUGAGCAACCGUUUGGCGCGCGUGCAGGGGCUGCUGUUCCGGUCGACGUUCCUGCGCAAUGUGCCCCAGUUCACGCGCCUGAUCACGGAGAACCUGCUGCUGUGCCUCGCGCACUCGCUCAUCUUCUCCUCCUCUAAGUUCCUCACCGGCAGCCUGUCGCUGCAGUGGCGCUCGCUGCUCACUGCCGCCAUUCACAAGCUCUAUUUCAAAGGCAUGGUGUACUACCGCAUGUCGCACGUGGACAAGCGAGUGGACAGUGCGGAGCAGCGCAUAGUGAGCGACGUGCCGCACAUCUGCAACGAGCUCGCGGACCUGCUGCACGACCUGCUCGUUGCCGCCACUGACGCCACCUUCUACACCUACUCGCUCACCACCUACACGCACCCCAAAUACGCUGGCGGGAUCCUGGGCUACGUCCUGGCUGCGGGAGCCCUCACGAGCGCGCUCGCCCCGCCCUUUGGCAAGCUCCUGGGAAAGGAGCAGCAGCAGGAGGGCGAGUACCGGCAGCUGCACGCGCGCGUGCGCACACACAGCGAGAGCAUCGCAUUCUACGGAGGCCACGGCCGAGAGGGCGCUCUCAUCUCCCAGGCGUUUUCGGCCCUCGUGAAGCACAGCGCUGGCGUGUUACGGACGCAGUGGUGGUUCGGGAUAGUGCAGGACUUUCUGCUGAAGUACUGUGGGGCUACCUGGGCAGUGGUGCUGAUCAUAGGGCCGUUUUUUGGUGCAAGUAUGCAGACGCAGGGGUCGAGGGAGGCGCGUGCGGAGAUGCUGUCUCGCAUGCGGUACCACACGUCCGUGGUCAUUGCGCUGUUCCAAGCCAUGGACCGCAUUUGUGAGCUCAUGCAAGUGGCAAAAGACUUGAGUCAGCAAGACGCGCACAUGCACACUCAGGAAGACGGAGCAGAAGGAGCAGGAAGACGAAUCAGCGAGGGGGAGAGUCAUACACAGGUCCUGGCAAAGGCAGGGAAGGCGGCGCAAGGGGAUGGGGACGGGGAGGGCGAGGGUGGUGGUAGCGGCGGGGGGAAAUUUGCGGAGGCCAAGUAUAUAGAGUUUGAGAACGUGACGGUGGUGACGCCGGCAGGCGCGAAGCUGGUGGAUGGGCUGACGCUGCGAGUGAACCCGGGAGAGAACCUGCUCAUCACAGGCCCCAACGGCAGUGGCAAGAGCAGUCUAUUCCGAGUGCUGGGCGGGCUGUGGCCCCUUGUGGAGGGGCGAAUUAGCAAGCCGGGGCGAGCAGCGGACCUGAGUCACGACAUAUUCUACGUGCCGCAGCGGCCGUACAUGGCUAUCGGCACACUGCAGGACCAGCUCGUGUACCCUCUCACUGCCAACGACCUGCCGGAGCCCCUGCAGGAGGAGCGGCUAAGAGAGAUGCUGCGCGUGGUUGACUUGGAGGACUUGGUGGAUCGGUAUGGCAUGGAGAGGGAGGUCAACUGGGGCGAGGAGCUCUCGCUGGGGCAGCAGCAGCGCUUUGGCAUGGCGCGUCUGUUCUACCACGCGCCCGCGUUCGCCAUUUUGGAUGAGUGCACCAGUGCUGUCACCACUGACAUGGAGGAGAGGUUCUGUCGCCUGGUGGAGCGCAUGGGCACGACGUGUGUGACCAUCUCGCACCGCCCUGCCCUCGUGGCCUUCCAUGAAACCGUGCUCGCACUCGAUGGCGAGGGCGGCUGGACUGUGCACUACAAGACCAACCCUUCGUCUCCUGGCUCCCCGGGGUCCAUAGUGGAGCAGGUGGCGGGGGCAGCGGGGUCGCCGCGGGGGAGUGCGGUGGUGGUGGCGGGUGGAGCAAGUGUGCGCGCGGGAGGGGUGUCGGAACGCAAGGCGGAUGCACAGGUCAACGCCACACAUUUCCUGCACGCCACUGACGAGCACAUGGGAGGCAAGGCGGCGCAGCAAGCGGAGGAGGUGAAGAUAGAGGGCGAGGUGCUGGCAGUGUCGCCGGCCAUAGAGGGACCGCUGCCCAUCGUGCCGCACAUCCGACCCAAGAAGCGCGGCUUCUCUGCGCGCCUCAACGCCAUGAUCCGCAUCCUGUUCCCCAAGCUGGGAGGGGUACAAACAGCACAGUUGGGGAUGCUAGCGUUCCUGGUGGUGGCACGCACAGGCCUGUCUGAUAGAAUCGCCUCUCUCAACGGCACGAGUGUGCGCAAUGUGCUACAGCAGGACAAGGUGGCGUUCAUGCGCCUCAUUGCCGUCUCCAUUCUGCAGAGCCUCGCCUCCGCUGUCAUCGCCCCCUCGCUCAGGCAUCUACAGUCGUCACUGGCACUGGGAUGGAGGAGGCACCUCACAGCCCACCUCACCCGCCUGUACUUCAGACAUAACGCCUUCUACAAGGUGGUGGCGCUGGGAACGGAGGGUCUAACAGACGCGGACCAGAGGCUAUGUGACGACGUGAACCGGGUCUGCUCGGACGUCUCAGGGCUAGUGUCAAGCCUUGUGAAGCCCAUAGUGGACAUCUUCUGGUUCACGUGGCGCAUGCGGUGCCUCACAGGGCAGAGGGGCGUGGGCAUUCUGUACGCGUACAUGCUGCUGGGACUGGGCUUCCUGAGAGCUAUUACCCCGGAUUUCUCCUCGCUCACGGCGGAGCAGCAUCGGCUUGAAGGGGCCUUCCGCUUCAUGCACUCGCGCCUGCGCACCCAUGCUGAGUCAGUUGCAUUCUUUGGAGGAGGCGAUCGUGAGCAUGCGGUGGUGGCGGAUCGGUUUGACCGGGUGAUGGAGCACAGGCGGGGGGUGCUGUCGAGGCGGUGGUUCUUUGGCAUCGCGGACGAGUUCAUCACCAAGCAGCUGCCGCACAACGUCACCUGGGGGCUCUCCAUGCUCUACGCCAUGGACUACUCGCUCACUGACAGCUCCGACAACCAAGGCGUGUUGGCACACGAUCUGCGCUUCCUGGCAUCCGUGGUGUCGCACUCGUUCCUGGCCUUCGGGGACAUUCUCGAGUGUUACCGCAAGGUGCAGGAGCUGGCGGGCACCAUCGCCCGCGUCAUGGGGCUGGAUGAAGCCCUGCUCGCCGCACAGCACGACCUGGCCCCUCACAACAUGCAGCGCCCGGGGUCCUUCACAGGGCUGUUGGCGCUGGCAUCUCAGGCACCAGACGCGCCAGUGGCUCAGGACGUGGCAUUCCUGGGAGUGGACGUCAUCACUCCCGCUCAGAAGCUGCUGGCUCACAAGCUCUCUGUGACCGUGCACUCGGGGCAGUCGCUGCUCGUCACAGGCCCCAACGGCAGUGGCAAGAGCAGUCUAUUCCGAGUGCUGGGCGGGCUGUGGCCCCUCGUGGAGGGCACGAUACUCAAGCCAGGCCUCCCGCCGAUGACAGCGGGCAGCAUGCUACUAGCAGAGGGGGCCACAGGCAUUGCCACAGGUGGCAUGUUCUACGUGCCCCAGCGCCCGUACGCUGCUCUGGGGUCGCUGCGAGACCAGCUGAUUUACCCGCUGUCGCGGGUGGAUGCGGCUCAGAAGGUCGUGGGGUUCCGGGCUCCUGCUGCUCUUGCUGCUGCUGGGAAAGGCGACACCCCGGCAGCGGGGUGGACAGCAGCGGUGGAGGCAGCAGCGUUCCGGGCGUUGGACGAGCAGCUGGCGCGCAUCAUGGAGGACGUGCGCCUGCUGUACCUGCUGGGCCGUGAGGGCGGCUGGGACGCCACCUCCACGUGGGAGGACACGCUCUCACUUGGGGAGCAGCAGCGCCUGGGCAUGGCACGCCUCUUCUUCCACCGACCGAAGUUUGGCAUCUUGGAUGAAUGCACCAAUGCAACGAGUGUGGAUGUGGAGGAAGCACUCUAUGCACGCGCCAAGGAGCUGGGCAUCACCGUCAUCACCAUCUCCCAGCGGCCUGCCCUGGUGCCGUAUCACUCGCAGGAGCUGCGGCUCAUAGAUGGCGAGGGCACAUGGGAGCUACGCUCCAUUCGCGUUGCCACCCACUCUGCAGACGCCGUGCCUGCUGCUGACGGUGCUGUGCGGUCCAAAGUGGUGAUUGAGGAGGUUGCAGUUAACGGGGAGGCUGAGGGCAGGAAGGAUUCGUCUUCAUAUGCUGCCAUGGCUGCUGCGGGGACUACGACUGAGGAGGCAUAA